CACAAACGUGCACAAUCAAGUGGUCGGGCAUGCGCUAACGGAAUCUCCCCCCGCUAAAGCUCUCCCCAGCCGCUAAUUAACUUCCAGUGUAAAAAACCGGGCAGGGCUCUUUCAGCUGUGCUGACAUCACUAUGUGCAUGUCUGCUCAUCGACGAUUCCUCGGCAGGGCACAACAACCCUGGACAGAGCAGUUUGACGGCUUCUGGCCCCCCUAUUCAUGCCAUCAAUUUGCGAUUACCAUUAUUACGAGUAUUACUGCUAUCACCGACCCCUGGCGCAGGCUAUGCAGAGGAUCAUGGUGCCUUGCACGUCCUGAAAGAAGCUGCUGAAGAUGUCGAGCAGCAACCGCUUCAACCCCCUGGGCCAUUCGCCCUCAGCAGCUGCAUCGUCAGCCAUGGCCGAACCAUCGCAGCCGCAGCGGCCGCCCAAGAAGAGAAAGGGCCAUCGCGGCGGCAAGAAGAAACGGUCCAGGCGAAAGAGCUUCGCCAUGCUGCACGACCACGAGCUGGGCGAGUCGUCGGGGAAUGGAUUCUACCAGGUGGCGCAGGCCAGCCUCAGCGGCACGAGCAUCGACAGCGAAGCGCUACUGGAUCACAGAGAACAGCAACCGAUGCGUGUGCGCCGGUCGUCGACGAUAGCCGGGCCCGGCUCCUUUCAGAAUCCCUUCUCGUCCAUCAGCGCCACCCGCCUCCGGUCGAUGCAGACGGCCCAGAGCGGCGACGAAAGCCCCUCUGGCCGCUGGGAUGAAUCUUCGCCGCUACUUACAGAGCCGGCACGGCGCCCGGGAUCGCAGACGGGCGUCCCGAGCUAUGGCACGAGCGAUGCGCGACUGGGCCGAAAUCGAAGUCGAAGAGCGUCCAGUGCGUCUUCCAGAGCGAGGUUGAGGACCGCAUACAGCACAAAGGACAAGUACGAUAUCAACCAUCCGCCGUCCAUCCCCGGCUCCCCUACCUUUGGUCCGACAGAUGGCAUGGAUCUAAACUUUGGCGAUGUCAUGAUCCGAGAUGAGCUCACCAUGGGAAGCGGUGAUGAGGCGCUUUCCGACGCCGAGGCGGACCGUGGCGACAAGGACAGAAGACUAGCUCCGGAAGCUUCCGGCGACGUUUGCUUCCCCGGACCGGGCAUGUCUGAUAUUGGCGACGAUGAGACCGCCUCCCGAUACGAGAGACGGUAUAGAACGCGCCGGCGCCGUGGUCGGUGGCCAGACCUGUCUGUUCUGGAGGACUGGAUGCGAUAUGAGAAGGAGGAUCGCAGCGAUGAGCGGCGAGUCAAGACGAUUACGGAGCCGCAGCUCAUCAACGGCCGUCUACGCCCGGUGCGAAAGGGCUGGUUCCAAACCGACGAAGAGGCGCCCUACAGAUUUACCUAUUUUAACGAAGAAUUCCAGAGCACCAUCCACAGUCAGUCUAUUUCAGAGCUUGUUCAGCAGGGAAGCGAUUUCCAAGGACUAUUCAUUCCCGAGCCACGCAUCCUCUCGUCGGAUGAAGAGAGUGACUCUGAGGAUAUCGUAUCGCAGCCAUCCAAACCACGAUACUCGGGGGAGCUAGAGGCCGACACGAAACCUCCAACGCGGCAACCUUCCCUGGAUACUAGAAGGGACGGCUUCAUGUCGCCACCAAUGAGAGACGAAACGAAUACCAGCUCGAGAUCCGCCUCGAUUCGUGGCGGAAACAAGUCACCUGAGAAUCUUGGACCAAAAGACAACCACACAAGCGUACCAAAAGUAGCGGAGAAGCCGGUUCGAUAUGGAGAGAGACCAGUCUGGUGGCUCGACAUACUCUGCCCAACAGAAGAUGAGAUGAAGGUCCUGGCAAAGGCAUUUGGGAUCCAUCCUCUGACGGCCGAAGACGUGAUGCUGCAAGAAGCCCGUGAAAAGGUCGAGCUGUUUCGCCAUUACUACUUUGUCAACUACCGCACUUUUGAUCAGGAUAUCAACAGCGAAAACUUCCUGGAGCCCGUCAACAUGUAUGUGAUUGUCUUCCGGGAGGGAGUGUUGAGCUUUCACUUUUCCGUCACGCCACAUCCCGCCAACGUUCGCCGACGAAUACGACAGCUGAGGGAUUACUUGAUUCUCUCCUCUGACUGGAUCUCAUACGCCAUCAUUGACGAUAUUACCGAUGUUUUCCAGCCUCUCAUCCAGAAUAUUGAGGACGAAGUUGACGAAAUCGACGACUCUAUUCUGCAACUCCAUACGUCCUCUGAUAAACGACUGCAGGAUGAAAAAUCUACCAAAUUCGAUGACAACAUAACAAUUGAAGAUUCCAGUGGCGACAUGCUCCGACGUGUUGGAGAUUGUCGAAAACGAGUCAUGAGUCUAUACCGAUUACUAGGCAACAAGGCGGAUGUUAUCAAGGGGUUCGCAAAGCGCUGCAACGAGAGGUGGGAGGUUGCUCCCAGGUCAGAAAUUGGCCUGUAUCUUGGCGAUAUUCAAGAUCAUAUUGUGACUAUGACUUCCAACCUUAGUCACUAUGAGAAGAUAUUGGCUCGAUCCCACGGCAACUAUCUAGCGCAGAUCAACAUCCGGAUGAACGAACGACAAGAGCAAACCGCCGACGUGCUCGGCAAGCUCACCGUCCUGGGAACCAUUGUGCUGCCCAUGAACAUCAUCACCGGUCUAUGGGGCAUGAACGUCUGGGUACCGGGGCAAGACAUCGAGGGCGACCUCACCUGGUUCGUGUGCAUCACGGCAGGGCUGCUCUUCUUCGGCUUGGCGUGCUAUUGGAUCGCGAAGCGAGUAUAUAAUAUUGUUUGAAACGUGUAUUCAACGGGGCGAAUUGGAUUUAAGGCGUUGCUAGGCGUGUAUUUUCUUUUUUUUAUCUUUUUUUUUUCUUUUGGAACUUGACAUCCUGUUGGAUCAGAAUUAAAUGGCAUAUCGCAUAGAACAGGAUAUGGAAGGGAAUCAUUUUGUGCUCGUACCGUACAGCGGACGAUUUUGCUUUUAGCAGGUAAAAGCACGAGCUUUAGCAUACCUUAUAUCAAGUAUCAUUUUAGUUACUCUCUAUAUUGGCUCUUAAAUAGAGGUGAAGUUAUUCUUCUUGCC